GAUCCCUUCCUCUUCCUCUUCCUCUUUUUUUCUUUCUUUUUUUUCUUUUUUCUAUACUCCCCUUCCCCCUCCCCCCCCAAAAAUAAAAUGCCCCUCCACAUAGCCAACCUAGGCUCCUCCUUCGCCGCGGGCCCCAGCAUCCCGCCGUGCGUCGACGACGCCGCCGGCCGCUCCGGUGCGAACUUCGCGUGCCUGCUGGCGAGCCGCGCCCGCGCCCGCUGCACCGACCUCUCCGUCUCCGGCGCCCAGCUGCCCAACAUCACGACGGACCCCCAGGACCGCGCCGGCCGCCUCUUCCCCCCGCAGAUCCACGGGCUGCCCCCCGACGCCGACGUCGUGCUCGUGCUCGGCGGCGGCAACGACAUCGGCUAUAUCGGCGGCCUGUUCGAGGACACCCUCAACGCCUCGUGGCUAGGCUCUUUCGUCCUGCGCGUGCGCGGCGGGGUCGGCGCCCCGCUCCCGACCAGCGGCACCGCCGACGCACCGCUAGACGUCGACGCGCUGGCGCAUAGGUACGGCGGCGUCCUGGACGCGAUCCACGCCAAAGCGCCCAAGGCGCGCGUCUUCGUGGUCGAGUACCUGACAAUGCUGGGCACGCACACGCGGCCGGGGACGGACGUGCCGUUCGGGGCGGAGCGCAUGGCGCAUCACCGGGCGGUGUGCGGGCGGCUGCUGGCGGCGACGGGCAAGGCGGUGGCGGGGCGGGAGGCGUGGGCCGAGGUGGUCCCGGUCGGGGCGGCGAGCGAGGACCACGCCGUGGGGUCGCCGGACCCGUGGGUCUCCGGGUUCACCUGGAAGCUGUUCUACGCCGGGGGCGCGUAUCACCCGCGCGCCGAGGGGAUGCGGGCCGUGGCUGAUAUGCUGUAUAAGAGGCUGGUGGAAUUGGGGAUCGUGGAUGAUGAUGGCAACGGCGAUAAUGAUGGUGGCGAGCUAUGAGACUCAAAUGCGUGUGUGGAAGAAUGAAAAGAGUAUGUGUGCUACCCCGUAUAACUGCGGGACGCGAACGACCUUUGCUACCGGAAUUGAACGUCGGGACUCUGGAAGAUUACCUCACACUACCUACCUUAGGUACCUAAGGUACUAUGGAAGACCAUCUAACUAGUGCGCGGUACCAGAGUUUUCUUGCUUUCUAUACCAUCCAAUAUCCAUGGGGGUUUAGGGUAAGGAACUGGAGCUUUUCGCCUGGUGUCUGGGUCCUGGCAGAAUUUGGAUCUUAAAGAGUUAUUCCUAGUCGAGGAAUACUCCCUCUACAACGUCCGUUUUGAGUACAGGUGCCUACCUUGGGUUAGGUACCUAAGGCAUGGUAUUUAGGACUUAUGGAUAUAGAUAUAAACAAAUGAGUUCAUAUAAGUCUAUAUUAGGUACCUACCUAGGUACCCAAGAUAAUGUAAAAUAAUAUCCAAGGGAUUUCAAUACGUAUGCGAAAUACCCCUUAUUGCUUUAAGUACCUAGACCUAGGUAGGCUAAGCCAGAAAGACGAUUAGAAUCCUGCUACAGGCACAGUCACGAGGAGAGAAACCCU